CAUCAAAACAGCAGCCUGCGGGCACAUUGAAACUAAAAAUUAAAAAAAAAGAAUAAAAAAAGGGAAAAAUAUCUUUGAUCACAGCAAGCCAAGGAAAAACUUGCCUAAAAAUCAUGUGCUAUUGCUGUUUUCUGAUCAGGGACUAACCGACCGGGUGCAGCGAACGCGUAGAAGUGUCCAAUCGGAGCGUGACCGGACUCCGAAAUUGGAGAACUCCGAGUGGCCAGAAAAGCAGCAGCAGAAAGGUUCUUUCCAAUUUGUUUUGACGACGCGCGGCGGCGUGAUUAGGGGAUUCCCCCAUCCGCCUGACAUGGCCAUGCACUCGUACAUGCGCCAGGGAUCGGGCUCGGCGCCCGGAGCGGGAGUUGCAGCUGUGGCGGCCGCCACGAGUGCCCCGCCGGUGCCAAGUCCGGACGAGAUGCACGGCUUCCUGAAGGACAAGCAGGCCUGGGAGCACGCCAUCUCGCUAUACCAGGGCCCAGAUCCGCUGGAUCAUUGGUACAACUACAUUUGCUGGUACGAGAAUCAUGCGCACAGCGAUCCGGAGCUUAAAUUCCGCGAAACGCUGGAGCGCUGCCUGACGGUCUACGAGCACAACGAUUACUAUCGCCAGGAUGCGCGCCUGGUGCGGCUGUGGCUCAAGUACAUAGCAAUGCAAACGGAUCCGUUGCACUUCUAUCAGGUGCUCUUCCAGCGCGGUACGGGCCGUCAGGUGGCUGCCUUUUAUAUCGGAUGGGCUGCGUACUACGAGUCGCGCGAGGAGUUCAAAGAUGCCGAGGCGGUCUUUAAUCUGGCCUUCCAGGAGAAGGCUCAAAGCAAUGCGGAGCUGCAGCAUGCGCACUCCAAGUUUAACUAUGCAAGAUCGAUGUUCUACCAGCGGCAGCAGCAGCAACAGCAGCAGCAGCAGCAACAACAGCAGGAUGCCCUCCAGCAGCUUACAAACUAUGCCCAACAGCAGUUGCCGCAUUCUUAUCCGCCGCAGCACCGUCCCCAGCCAUAUCAGCAGAAUAUCUAUCAGCAAUAUCAUCCGCAACAGCAACAGCAUCAGGCACCGCCUCCUCAAGUGCAGCAACAGCAGCCACAUCAGGCUCCACAGCCACAUCAGGCUCCUCAGCCACAUCAGGCUCCACAGCCACAUCAGGCUCCUCAGCAGCAUCAGCCGCCGCCACAGCAACUUCAUCAGCCUCCAGACCAGCCACAGCUGGCCUAUCAACCGCACUACCAGGAGCAACCACGCUAUGAGCAGCAGCACCAUCCUGCCCAGCGACCUGCAACAGCGCAUGUUCAACCUCAGUAUGCUGCUCCAGCGGCAGAGCCGCAUUAUGUUCAUCAACCUAUACCGCAGCAGCAGCAGCAGCAGCAGCCGCCGCCUCCGCAACACCAUGAACCAGCUGUCCCACAGCAACAUGCCCAUCCUCAGCAGGAACAGCCUCAGCCGCCUCAGUCGCUUCCCCAACAGAAUGGCAAUCGCAAUGGCAAUGCCCAUGCCGAGCACCAACCAUCGCCCGGAGUUGCUGCAGCCAGUGAUGUGACUGGGAUUCGUUUGCCGCGCAAUUUCCACGCUUAUGGACGCAACAAUCACGAGACCUGGAAGCCAGCCUUGACUCUGGAAGAGCCCGAUGACCCCUCGCGGGUAUGCCACUAUGCCAAGCAGUUGGUCUAUCCUCCAGGCGCUGGCAUUGAGUACAGUCCCGAGGAGAUUUUAUCCCGCAAAUACAAGGCAGUGAAGCCGCCGCCAGAGCCACAAGUACAACAAGAGUCACAGUCGCAGUCGCAGCAGCAACAGCAGCAGACAUUGUAUGAUUCCUAUGGCUCCGAGACCUCUUACUACAUUACUGCCGUGGAUGGAGCUCUCUACGGGCAUAAUAACAGCAGCAGUGGCCAGGAGAACGAAGAGAACGAGGCGGAAGAAGGCGUAGCAAGAGAGGAAGACGAUGAGGAAGAUGACUCCGAGGGGGGAGAGGAAGAGGAGGAUGAGGACGACGAAGAGGAGGAAGAACCUAGCGAACCAGCCUACACCAAUGGCGUGCAGUUUAGCGCGCAGACCACCUUUGAGCAGGAGAACCGCUCUAUUAAGAUCAAGUUUAGGAAGGAGCCCAGUAGCACCUAUCGUGCCUAUACCAUAGAAAAUGUCUACCAGCAGCAUCAGCAGCAGCAGCACCAGCAACAGGAGCAACAGCAGGAACAGCAACAGCAACAGAUAAUCCAACAGCCGCCACAGGCAGCACAGCAUUACCCACCACCGGAGCCAGCUCCUGGCUCUCCCAUACCCGUCCAGCGUCAGCGCAAUGGCGGUGGCCAUCAACACCAUCACUUCCAUCCCUACAUGCUGGGCCAGACGUCGACGCCCAAGAGCGAGGCGAAUGGUUAUCGCAGGGCUCGCACCAAAGUCAAACGCAGCAAGUUUCAGCCGGAACUUUGCAGCAACAGCAACUCGGCUUCCUCGGCGGCGGAUGUGUUGGCCUCCACGGCUAGUUCCAGCAGCAUGGCUGCCGGAGCGGCUCUUGGCGGCUACAAUGACAAUGCCAACUUCUCGUUCUCCAGCGCCAGUGCCUUGGACAAUUCCAAUAGCUCGCUCUCCCUGGCUGUGGAUAGACUUAAUUUCCGUGACUCGGCUUCCCAGCAGCAGAUCCAGCUCCAUCCGGUCAAUAAGACACUGCAAACGCACAACAAUAACAAUAGUACCAGCAACAAUAACAAUGGCAACGGCUCAACCCUGGCCGAUUUCUCAACGUUCCAGGAGAACUCGUACUUUGCCACCCAGCACGACACAGAGGCUCAGGAGCGUCGCCUGUCCAAGGCGGUGGAGACAAUCGCCCGACACUUGGCCAAGGAGGCCAUCGAUCCGUUUAGCAGCGAACUCUGUCGCGCCUUCCUCGCCAAGCUGGACUUUCCGGGCGAUCAUGAUGCCCAUGCCAGCUACAAGAUUGUGCAAACGCCACUGCCAAAAAUAUCCAACACUCGCACCCUCAACGUCCUCGAGGGCGUCACAUUCAACAUUGACAAAGAGGUGGGCCGCGGUUCCUACGGCUCGGUAUACAAGGCCACGGAUUCACGCACCGGGAACGUUGUGGCCCUUAAGUUCCAGAAGCCCCCAAAUACUUGGGAGAUCUACAUAUGUGAUCAGGUGCUGAAACGCAUCACGGAGCCGGAGGUUCUACCCGGUUUGAUGGAUAUUUCCACGGCGAUUAUAGCGCCAAAUGCCAGCCUGAUAGCCACAGAGUUUUCACCCUUCGGCUCCCUGCUGGACAUCAACAAUAAGUUACGUCAGGCCACCACAAAGGUAAUGCACGAAUCCCUGGUGAUGCACUUUUCGGCCCAGAUCUGCAACAUUGUGGACCAUCUGCAUCGUCACCACAUCAUCCAUGCGGACAUUAAACCGGAUAAUUUCCUACUGAUGCGCGUGCCCAGCGUGGACAGUCCUGUGCCGUCGCUGCGUUUGAUAGACUUUGGUUGCGCCAUCGACAUGUCGCUGUUUCCGGACGCCGAACGCACCAAGUUCCGUAAGGUGGUGCAGACGGACGGGUUUACCUGCAUUGAGAUGCAGGAGGGACGCAGCUGGUCCUAUGAAACGGAUCUCUUCUGCAUUGCGGCCACCGUGCAUGUGAUGUUGUUCGGCGAGUAUAUGCAGCCGCUGAAGCGCGGCGCCAAUUGGGAGAUACGUCAGAAGCUGCCGCGCUACCUCAAGAAGCAUGUGUGGACCAAGUUCUUUGGUGAUCUGCUGAAUAUGCAGGCGGACAAGCUGCCGGCGCUGCAGGAGAUGCGGCUGAUAUUCGAGGAGGAGGGUUAUCGCAUGGAGUCCGAGCUGCAGAAGCAAAUACGCACACUCUCCAAUAUCCUGCAUCGACGAUAACCAAGCUAUUACUAUUCCUAUUUCUUUAGAACUCUUUGUUUAGUUACGACCAAGUCACCUUAUAGUUUCCAGGGGACUAAGGUUUCCCCUCUCCACACCAGGAAAAAUGUUUUUGAAUUCAUUUUCUCCUAAAUUUUUGGCCGCAGCCCUGAAACUUUCUUUCCACUUUAGUUUAGUUUUCUUUGACAAGCUAUAGCUUAGCUUCAAAUAACAUUUAAUUUUUUGUAAAUGUUUUUAUUUAUUGUUUCGAUGCCAAAAAAAGAAAAGAAAACAGGAAAGCAGAGGAUAAUGAAGAGCUAAAGAACGCUACAAAAUUUAACAAAAUGUAUAUAUUAGGCGCAGACUCUCAGUUUGAGUAAAAAAAAGAAGCAGGAUCAUGGA